AUGUUCUUGGCGGAGUACAGACUCUUUGCACACCCCUUCCUCUCACCCUUCAUCUCGGCAGGCUGCAGAAACAGCUCUGAAGAAAGAGCUGGAGGAGCGGGGCCUGGGCUGUUGCAGAUGGGGCUUUCAGAUAGUCGGGCCUCCGUCUCACAACCGCUGGCGGAGGACCUCGAUGCCCUCCGUGUGAAGCAGGCGCAGCGGAUGGACGAUGGCAGCUUCGUCCAGGCUACCACUUUUUUAUCCGAGUCUGUCUGGACAAGCUGUGCCUCCGCGGCCGCCUGGCUGGCAGCGGUGGCCUUGCCGCCGCCGACCUUGAGCUCUGUGAGUCCCGACCUCCGGAAUGCCUUCGCGGUGCUGCGCCGGGGCCUGGACCUGGCCUUGCGUGUGCGCAUCUUGCUGGAGGCCUCUCGCCCCACUGCUGUUUUCUUUCUUGGAGGGAAUCACGAAAGCACUGCCGGUAAAGGGGAUAACGAAUGGGGGAAUUACAAUCCUCAGGUGCGAGAGGGUGUCCCUGUGCCCAAGACAGUGCUGCCCUUCGUGACGCUGGGCUUUCAGCUUCUGACGACACUGCAGGAUUCCGAAGGUUGUUCAGACCCGGUGAAGACCUCAAGUCCGAACUCGCAAGUUGCCAUUGGCUCAGUGGCCGGAGGGCAUGAAACAUCCUCCCUCAUCUGCACCGGGCUCAAGGCGUUUAAGGUGGGGCCUCCCGUAUGCCAAGCCACCGACUGGGGACCGCCGAUUCAAGGACCGAGCCUCUCCAGGCCUCUGCUUGCGUCCUCUUGUAUGGAGUUGACCACUGGAGAAGCCUCGCGAAUACCUGCGGAGUGCCCGCAGCUGGCUGGCCGAUCCGUUGGUGGAGUGGAAGAUUGCCUCUACCUGAACGCAGCUGGGAAUCAUGCUUGGAUCAGGGUCAAAGAAUUGUGCAACAACCAGCCAAUGAAUUUGCUCUGGUACCCACUGCAGCAGUCGGGGCCCGCCAGCCAGGUGGUCGUGGUUGGUUGGCGCAGACGUGCAGAGGCUUCUACCUCUUGCUUCUCCAUCGGCGACAGCUACUCCAUGGGCCUCUAUGACGGCCAGCACCUGGCUUGGAAGCACGAGGUCGUGGUGGUCACGCUGAAUUACCGCCUUUGUGUUUUGGGUUUCAUGGCCUUGGACGCGCUUCAGAAGGAGUCCUUCGCCGGAUCCACUGGAAACCACGCGCUGCAGGACCAGCAGCUGGCGUUGCGCUGGGUGCAGACAAACAUCCGCAAUUUCGGUGGCGACCCCAGCCGAGUCACAGUCUUCGGCGAGAGUGCUGGCGCUUUCAGUGUGAUGUGGCAUUUGGUCAGCCCGAAAUCUGCGGGGCUCUUCCACGGAGCCAUCAUGGAGAGUGGCACGGUGGACGUCACGUUCUUCUUCCAGCCUUUGCAGAAGGCCAAAGAGUACUACGAGGACCUGGCCACCAGGCUGGGCUGCCCGGCCUCCCUCGGGGAUGCCCAGCUGCCCUGCCUCCGGGCGUUGCCUUUUGAGGCGCUGGUGGCUGUGGAAGCUGGCAUGGACGGUCACCGCCCCGCUGUGCACUCGCCUCUGUGGCCGCUGAUGUCAAAUGGUCCGGCCAUCGAUGGGACCGAGGAUGGUCUUCUAGAUGUGCCCAUCAGGCUUGUCAAGAGCGGCGCUUUCAACAGGGUGCCCCUCCUCUUGGGCGCCAACGAGAACGGCGGCUCCAUUUUCGAGGACAUGCUGCCCGAGGCACAAAGGCGCGCCUGCGGCACUGUUUCCGAUGCUGUGGUCCACCAUGCCGAAGCAGUGUUCCGUGCAAAAUCUCCGCCUUUGGAGUUUCACGGCUCUUCGCCAGAAUCCAUCAUUCCGUUGCAUGCGGCGGACGUGCAGUUCACAAAGGGCGUGCUUAGCCAGCAUGAAGCGGUGUCAAACCUAGUGGCUGAAGGUAAACCGGCGUGUCACGAGAGUCCGGACGAAGUUCGGGAGAGAGUAACCCUGUACUUGGAGUCCAUGAAGGGCCAAGAAGACCUGGUUGUGGGCCACCGGAUAUUCCGUGAUGCUGUGGCGAGGUUUUUGACUCAUCGCGACGGAACGGAGACGCCGCCCGAAUCAAUUUUUAUGACAUCUGGUACGUGGCCAGCAGCAAGGGCUUUGCUGCAAGUACUGCUGCUUGGUUCUGAGAAUGCCGUCGCGUUGCUGCCAAGUCCAGGGCCACCAGCAUAUCGAGAAACAGCAGCUUCCAUGGGCCAGCGUGGUGUGCCAUAUUUCGUUGACGAUGACUGGGCUAAGGUUUUGCUGGGGCUAAGACAGACCCUUGAGGAGUUGCAUCGACAUCAGAAGCAGCCGACGGCCGUGGUCGUGGCGAAUCCCAGCCUAGCUGGCCGAUUCAUCCCGUUGACCGCAGUGGAAGCAUUGCUUCGGUUGGCUGAUGAAGAAGGUCUGGCUCUCAUCGUGGAGGAGGACAUAAUUGCGGCAUGGAGGCACUCAGCCUUUGUUUCGUUUCGUGUUCAAGCUCGCCAGAUGAACCUUGCCGUUCCCGUGUUUUCAUCUUUUUCUGCCUUUGCAUACACUGGACAACACGGAGGGUAUGUUCACUGCCACUGUGUUCCGGACGAUCUGAUUCAGCGGGUGCAGGCGGUGGCGGAGCAUCCAACUGUCAAAUCACAAGCCUGGGUGGCAAGCUUGCUGUCGCCAUGGCGCAUGUCGAGGGGUCAGGAGACUAGUCUGGACACUCUUGUGCAGGUUGCAGCCAAGAAUUGCCAGCUGCUGCAAAAGUUGUGCGACGUCGAAGGCAUACGUUGCGAUCUUGUGGAGUCUGGGGCGUUUGCUUUCCCAAAGGUCAUUGUCAAAGGCUUCAUCAUGAAGAAAGCGAUAUCUUUGGCCAGACCAGCAGACCAAGUUUACUGCUUGGAAAUGGUGAGCAGGACUGGUGUCAUCGUUAGCCCUGGAAGUGGCUUUGGUCAGCGUCCUGGUUUCUUUCACUUUCGGGUGUCUUUGGUGCAGGAGGAAGCAACAUUUCAAUCAGCCAUAGAUCACAUCAAGCAGUUUCAUCAAGAGCAUCCUGUUGGCUGGUUCCGAUGUAUUGAAUCGCACACCGAGCUCCAAAGACGGAAGGCUAUGCUUCAAUGCUUGGCCUCUCAACAGGUCCUUCCUGGGGCCCAGCUGCCUGUGACGCGACACCCGGCCACGCUGGAGGAAGCUUUGUGGUACUUUUUCCGCGAGCCGCUCGGCAAGGUGCAGGCCGUCUAUCAGGAGAGUGAGUUCAGCGGAAAUGGCGACAUCAUGAUCAAGCGCAUGAUCCGCGACAUGAUGUUCAUGUGCCCCUUGAGGGCCCGUAACAGGCCCAGGAAACCAGAGCUGCUGCUCGCAAGGUAUGUCUUCGACUUCAACUAUGGCCUUGCAAAGAUCAUCGGCCUCGGCGACUUCCAUGGUUCAGAGCUACCGUUUGUGUUCCGGAACUGGUUGGAGUUCAUCAAGCCGAUCGAUCCAUUGCAGUCCCCGAGGAACAUGGCUGACAUCAUCAGCUGCAAGUGGACUUCCUUUGCCUUUUCGCUGGAUCCCAACGGUGGAGUCGAUGAGAGCCGCUGGCCACCAGGCUGCGAGGAAAUCAACAGGAAGUUCUCGGACUGGCCCCGUUUCCACACCUCGCAGCGGCUGUUCUACGACUUGAAGAGCAGACCGGAGGUGCACGAGAUCCUGGAAGACAACCGGUACCCGGACGAUUUGUUCCCUCGGGAUGCCAAGUGUGACCUUUGGGAUGAGUUGGCUUCCACCCUACAGUGGGUGCACGAAGGAGCCCACGCGAAAUCGAAGUGGAAGUGGGGUAGCCGUCGGAGGGGUUUGACUCUUGAGGUGGUCAUCAUGUCUGCGUUGGCAUCCCGUCAAUCAAAGCUGCAGCACUGCCCACCACUGCCCACCACCCUGAAUCCAUCCUGUAGCGCGCGCCUGUGCGAGGACAGGGUGCUCAUGGUGCCCGGCCAUCCACAAGUCUGGUCGUUUGAGAGCCACCAGAUGUGUGGUAGCGGAUAA